AUGGGCUGCGAAACAACCCUCGGCGCUGCAGCCAUCCAACUGUUCCACCACGCUCCGCCUAAUGCGAAGAUCUUCGCAACAUCGACAAUGUCUCGACAGCGUGAUCUCUUCCAGCGAGUCUCGCAGACGUUUGGACUAGGAUGUGUUUACGCUAUCGAUAGGGGUAUUGAAGACUUGGUAGACAGUCUGAAGGGGGAUGCGGAUGCUUACGGCGCUUCUGCGGAGACGGAGGGUAAUAGAUUUGAUGUUGUCGUCGAUGCUGUGGCUGGUGGGUUGCCGAGGCGGGAUGUGUUGACACUGUUGAAAGAGGGCGGGGAUGCGGUGGAUCUUGAGGGACAGGAGGUCGACAAGGAGAUGUUGGACGACUUGGACACAGCGGGAAAGAAGGAGCUGGAGGACAUGCUGGUCGAGGCGGCGAGGGUGUUUGAUGUGUACGUAGAGCCGCCGACAAUGUGUGGAUUCUCGGAUGAGCAGUAG